GGGUGAGCGGCACUCUUACAGAAGCGUUCCUGCGCUUUUCAUUGGUGCGCUGCCGCCUUUCCCCUUAGGCUCUCGCGGUGCUGCUUUGUGAAGAUGGCGGCCGAACUGGUAGAAGCGAUGAACAUGGUGAAGAGUUUCCGGGUGUCUGAUCUGCAGACACUGCUGGCCUCUAUGGGCCGCAGUAAAAGCGGGUUAAAGCAGGACUUGGUGGGCCGAGCUUUGAGACUGGUACAGACAGAAUACAGCCCGGAGCUGCUGAAGAACGUCCGGCAGCUCUAUGAAACACGCUUUCCCAAAGCCCCCGGGUGGUUGGCUGCCCGUCGCCCGGAGGGAAUACCAGCAGUGUCCUACCCAACAAUCAACUCGUCUCCACGAAACACAGCCCAGGGCACAGACUACCUCAAUGGCAUGCCCAAGCUGGCUGCUCCACCAGCAGCUGAAGUUAAAUUAGUGCCCUUGCCCUUCUACCACAACCUAGAAACAUUGUUGCCACCUACAGAGCUAAUUGCGCAGAAUAGUGAGAAACUACAGGAUAGUCAGUGUGUUUUUGAACUGACACAGAGCCAAAUAGACCAGAUCCGAAACUCCAGUGAACUUCGCCCGGGAGUUAAAUCAGUCCAGGUGGUCCUUAGAAUCUGUUACACUGACUCCAUUGGUGUUCAGGAGGAUCAGUACCCUCCCAAUAUUGCUGUCAAAGUGAAUCAGUCCUACUGUCAUGUUCCCGGUUAUUAUCCUUCCAAUAAACCAGGGGUGGAACCUCGUCGUCCUUGUCGCCCUAUAAACAUCACCCCCUGGCUUCAUCUUUCGACAGCCACCAACAGAGUCACCAUCACAUGGGGCAACUUUGGAAAGCGGUAUUCGGUGGCUGUGUACCUGGUGAGGGUCUUCACAUCUGCAGAGCUCUUUAACCAGCUCAAGCACUGCUCAGUGGAGAGUGCUGAGCGAUGUCGUGAACGCAUUCAAGACAAACUGCGUUUCGAUCCAGAGAGUGAGAUCGCCACUACAGGACUGAGAGUGUCUCUGAUCUGCCCACUGGUGAAGAUGCGUCUGGGAGUGCCGUGCCGGGCGCUCACCUGCGCUCACUUGCAGUGUUUCGAUGCCGUCUUCUUCUUGCAAAUGAACGAGAAGAAACCCACAUGGACCUGCCCUGUAUGUGAUAAACCUGCUCCCUUUGAGCUGCUCACCAUCGAUGGAUUGCUCUCCGAGAUCCUGAAGGAGACCGAAGAUGUGGAAGAGAUCGAGUAUUUGACUGAUGGCUCAUGGAGACCAAUCAGAGACGACAAAGAAAAAGACAGGGAGCGGGAAAAUAACCACACUCCGGAGUAUCCGGUUGUGGAUAUAUGCGUUCCUGAGACAAAUGGCCACUCCCCAGCACACAGUAGUACGAGCCAGACGGGACGAUCGGCAUCGGGAGGCCCAGCUGCAGGUACAGGUGGUGCCAGCGGACCUUCAGGUGGAGGCGCAGUGGUGGACCUUACGCUGGACGACUCAUCAGAUGAGGAAGAGGGUGGAGGGGGGGCAGGGGACAGCGAGGACACAGAAGACAGCCAGGACAGCCCAGCACCGAAGAGGGGCCGAUACGAUUACGACAAAGAUCUUGUCACUGCAUACUGAACCAGGCUGCAGAUACGGACAGAGGGAGAGGGGAUAUGGGUUCGGGUUUGAGCUCUAGAAAAAUCCCCUCAGUCCCAGCAUUUUCUCUCCUAAAAUGCGUUCCCCCAAAAUACUCAUAUAGACAUACAAACACAUGCACAAACUGUUGACCUCUGGAGCAGGUGGGUAUCCUCAUGACACCACUGGAAAUCCAUAGAUGCCCACUAAAGCCAUCCUCUGUCUUCUCCAUGGCGUCAUAAUACUGUUUUCUCCCUUUAAAUAACUAAGGAGGAGUUAUAAACCACCUUUGAUUCUUUCUCUUCCAUCUCCCCCACACGUUUUCACCCCAAACCACUUAGCCUCACAGUCACCAUAGGCAUUUUAGCUUUCACCAUAGACAAGUUCUGUGAGGAGAUGCUUAAAAAGAGUCGUCGUCAGCAAUAUAUGGUCAGAACCGCUAAUGGCAUAUACAGAGACAAGUUAAGUUUAAAUAAAAAUUAAGUUAGGCAUUAAAAUUUUUACAACGGAUAAUUAAUACAGAGGCAUUUUCAUUGGAUUUAAACAUAUUGAGGAUUCAAUAGCCGAAAUAUCAGCCGUCUCUGUAAUUUAUGCAUAGUUUGGUCAGAUUUGGAAGUUAAGGGUUUGGUUUUCAUAUUUAUUUGUGUCCCCCUGUAUUUUUCUUUUGUUCCAUGGAAAUUGACAACCUACCUCAGUCUAAAGGCAAACUUGACCACAACUUGAAAGUCUAGACAACAUGACUUGAUUUGUUUUUUGUUUUUGUUUUUGUAAACUCUAACACUGGAAAAAAAAAAAAAAAAAAGAAAAGUCAUUCGCUACAUAAUGUCAUGCCCUUAGAAAUCUCACUAAAACAGCCCUGGACUUUUCUCACAAGCAAUGGAUUUCCUAUCAGGCUUGCUCAAAGUCCUGAGUGCUGCGCUUUGCCUCCUAGCUGAAAUAA